CUCCUUUUCUCUUUUUCUCCCUCCCUCCCUUCAGCAUCCUUCUGUGAUCCUGUAGGUGAUACAGCUACAGCAGCAUCCAUGGCCUGCCUUUUGCCUUAGCAUGCUCUCCGUCCAUUUUUGUUUUAUUUUUUUACAUGUCCUUCUUUUUUGCUAUGACAGCUGCCCCAGCCAUGUAUCUCAGGCCCUAAAUUUUGAAGGCUUGCAUUAAGCAUCUGGUACCCUUGGAUAGUAGUUUCCUGUAUUAUUAUCAUCAUCAUUAUUAUUAAUUUUCCCCCAGGCUCUGUGGAAACUGAGGAAUGAUAUUCUGCCACCAUGAUGGAAGGACUGAAAAAACGUACAAGGAAGGCCUUUGGAAUACGGAAGAAAGAAAAGGACACUGAUUCCACAGGUUCACCAGACAGGGAUGGGACUAAGAGAACAAAUGGUGCUCCAAAUGGGUUUUAUUCAGAGAUUGAUUGGGAAAGAUAUAAUUCACCUGAACUUGAUGAAGAAGGAUACAGCAUCAGACCAGAAGAACCAGGCUCUACCAAAGGAAAGCACUUUUAUUCCUCAAGUGAAUCUGAAGAGGAAGAAGAGGCACAUAAAAAAUUCAACAUUAAGAUCAAGCCCUUACAAUCUAAAGAUGCUCUGAAGAGUGCAGCAACUGUUGAUGAACUGAAAGCUUCUAUAGGCAACAUUGCACUUUCACCUUCUCCAGUGAGGAAAAGUCCGAGGCGCAGUCCGGGUACAAUAAAAAGGAAUUUAUCUAGUGAAGAAAUAGCAAGACCUAGGCGGUCAACUCCUACGCCAGAACUUCUAAGCAAAAAAGCCCCAGAAGAUCCUACAGUCCUAGCACCACUAUUUGGUCCGCCUCUAGAGUCUGCGUUCGAGGAAGAAAAGUUGGAAGCUCCCAUAGAUCAACCUGAAGUGUGGGGUUCAGUUCAGCCAGCAAAUGUAGAAUCUCCAAAUCCCUCACAACCUUUUCCAUCUGGAACACCUCCGCCGCUUCCACCUAAGAACAUUCCAGCUACACCUCCCCGCACUGCUUCUCCAUUAACAACUGGAGUAGGUAAGAAUAUUAAAGGAGAGCCUGCCUAUGUUGUACUGAAAUGUCGAACAACAACACCGCCUCCCCCUCCACCUCCUACCUACAGAACAGUGCCCCAAGGACGCCCCUUUCCAGGCCAUGGGGAAGCGUCCAGACCUUUUAGCCCUCCAAUUCACUCGUCCAGUCCGCCUCCAAUAGCACCAUUAGCACGUGCUGAAAGCACCUCAUCCAUAUCAUCCACCAAUUCCUUGAGCGCAGCAACAACUCCCACAAUUGAGAAUGAACAGCCUUCCCUCGUCUGGUUUGACAGAGGAAAGUUUUAUUUGACUUUUGAAGGCUCUUCUCGUGGACCUAGCCCUUUAACAAUGGGUGCACAAGACACUCUGCCUGUAGCUGCGGCGUUCACUGAAACUGUUAAUGCAUACUUCAAAGGAGCAGACCCUAACAAAUGCAUAGUCAAGAUUACUGGAGAAAUGGUGCUGUCGUUUCCUGCAGGAAUUACUAGACAUUUUGCCAAUAAUCCUACCCCAGCUGUUCUAACAUUCCGUGUGACAAAUUACAACAGGUUAGAACACGUCUUGCCAAACCCCCAACUUCUUUGCUGUGACAGUACACAAGCUGAUGCCAACACAAAAGAAUUCUGGGUAAACAUGCCAAACUUGAUGACCCACUUAAAGAAAGUGUCAGAACAGAAACCACAAGCAACAUAUUAUAAUGUGGAUAUGCUUAAAUAUCAGGUCUCAGCCCAGGGUAUUCAGUCUACUCCACUGAACCUUGCAGUAAACUGGAGGUGUGAACCCACAAGCACUGAUCUCCGCAUUGACUACAAAUAUAAUUUAGAGGCAAUGACAACCCCAGUAGCUUUAAACAAUGUCCAGUUCCUUGUUCCCAUAGAUGGAGGAGUGACAAAACUUCAAGCUGUGCUUCCACCUGCAAUUUGGAAUGCUGAACAACAAAGGAUAUUGUGGAGGAUUCCUGAUAUUUCACAAAAAUCAGAAAAUGGAGGUGUGGGCUCUUUGCUGGCCCGAUUCCAACUGUCUGAGGGACCAAGCAAACCUUCCCCUCUGGUUGUGCAAUUCACCAGUGAAGGGAGCACUCUGUCAAGUUGUGAUAUCGAACUUGUUGGGGCCGGGUAUCGUUUUUCACUUAUUAAAAAGAGGUUUGCAGCAGGAAAAUACCUGGCAGAUAACUAACAGAAGUUUAUGCAAGUAUGUGGAAAAUCCAUAUAGCUGAGGACUGCUGGGAGAGGACAGGUUUUAUAUGCGGUUUGAGGAAAAUCUAUCUAAAUCCUGUACUUGGGACAUUUCUGUUGGAAGUGUCAGCAACUUUCAACAUUUCUCCCUCAGAAAUUACCAUGUUGACCAAGUCCUACAGUAUUUACUUCUAGAUGUAAUAUUGUUAAUGUUUUAAAUUGUAAUUAUUGUAUUUGUAAAUUGUAUUCAUUCCAGUAAGGCUGUAUUUUGGCAGUUAGACACUUGAGUUUUAGGAUUUUACCAUUCAUGAAAUGGAUGUAAUUUAAAAUGUGGUAUAUAAAUUUAAUAGUAGUACUGUUGAAUGGCACAAAGCUUUCAAAGGUAGAUAACAUUUUGUCAAUAUAUACAAUUUGAAUAUGAUGCUAAUAGCUGUGAGAAAGGGGGUGCCUCAAACAGAAAGUUAAAUAGAUAGUCUGCAAAUUUCUUUUUCCUUCUUUUUUUCCUCCUUAGUAUAUGCCAUAUAAAUAGUUAUAUGAGCAAACAGGUCUAUCUUUAAAUAAUUUAUUGGACUCCAGAAAAUUUCAGCAAAUGUCAAUGCGCUUAUAAAUCAUUUCCCCAAAUACUGCAAUAUAAUUUUAUUUUUCACUUUAUACAAUUUUAUUUUCGCUUUUUUCAUCAUGAGAAUAUCAAUCUAUCAGAAGAAGUGUUUGGGAUUUUUUUAAAAGAUUCCAGAUAAUUAUUAGGAAAUCCAGUUUAGACAAAGGAAAUGCUGGAAUAGUUUUCUUUCCUCACUCUUCUGUGAUGCAGAUGUGGAGAUAAAGAACACAAUCCAGUGGAAACCUCCCCUUUUUGCAAUUUCUGUUGAAAUUUAUUGAAAGCUCAGCAUGGCAACAAAGCAGUUCCAGUUAUUUUCACUAGACUUUACACAGUUUUGAGUGGCUCAUUCUCAAAACAAGUCAACAGUUUUAAAAUAUAAAGUAACAACUUUGACUAACACAUUUCUUUGUGCCUGUAGCAAGAAAUACUGUGUUGUCAUAUUUCUGCAAUAGUAUGGGUUUGUAGGCGUGCUUGUCAAUUUUUUAUUGUAACAUUGGCAUGCAAAAUUCCUUGCUCUGAACAUGUAUUCCCCCACCAUCCCCCCUUUUCAGUAAGAUUUUAAGUUUUGUGUGGGCAGAAACAGCUUCCAAAUAACAUAUUUUUUCUUUAGUUUUUUUUUAACCUGCACUUGUUAGCUAAGGAGAAGA